GAGUCAAGACCUUUUAAAACAACUUGGUGACCCUCACCUUGAUGUGAUGGAACAUACCCCUGAAACCUUGAGGACACUUUCACCCACUGCAGGAACGAGAUAUGGAGGUGGUGUUUGCUGGUGAGUGCCUCUAGAUAGUAAGGGAUGACAGAUAGGGCUUAGGUGCAAUGCAAGUUGCCUGACAAGCAAGUGUGAGACAAAUGUAGACAUAAAUAAUGUAAGUAAUUCUAUUGACUUUCAAAAGCCCCAAUUUCUAGGUCUUCCAUUAACAAAUAUCCCAGUUAUGCCUGACAUUCUGGUCUUAACAGCACUGCAAAUAUUAGAAUGAUAUGCAAUAACAAGGGCGAUGGAGGGGAGCAUUACAUCUUUCUCUUGACCCUUUCUAGAAAGUGUCAUGCCUGUUGUACCAGACUCAUAUAAACUUGUAUUUACCUUAUGUAUACCUCAUAUUAACACGGCCAAUCUUGGUUAUGAAAAUACUUCUUCAUCACCUUAUUGUUCCAACCUCAUAAAUUCUUUUAAGUCAGUCCUGAUGAGGCAAAGACAGGAUAAAGGAAUUUUGUAUUGUUGUAGUGAAAUUGUACAGUGAAAUUCUUACUUGCAUGUCCACACAACAUGCAACAAGUUGCCACUCUCUGGUGCUAUGAUAAACAAGAAUGUUACAUAACUUCAACAUUUUACAGAAAACACACAAAUCAGCUAACCCCUUGUAUAUACAGUAGAGGGUGAGUAGACAAUGGAAGGAUGCAGGAAUAUACCACACAAGAAAAAUCGAUGGACACCUGCUCUUGUAUUAUAUAUUAAUUGGGUUUUUCUUUGAGCGUGUGUGUGUUUAAUUUCAAAGGUAGUUACAAAAUAGAUGGUAAAACCAUUUUGUCUACUUUUAGGACUUGCCAAGGAUGAGUAUUACAUCAUUGGAAGAAUAAUUGCUGUGUCACUUGUCCAUGGUGGCCCUGCUCCACACUUUUUCUCCAGACAUUUUCUAGAAUACAUCUGUGGUAAAACAGAUGUUUCACCAUCUAUUCAAGAUGUCACAGAUCCAGACAUUCAGAAUGUGCUUCAGGAGAUAGUGUCAUCCACAUCUUUGUCAAUCCUGAGAGACAUCAUGGCAAAACACAGCACAGUGCUCCUUUUGGCUGGAUGUCUUCAUAGCAUAAAAGACAUCGGAGAGAGAGAAAGUGUUGUGCAAGAUUUUUUAAAAUGGUACCUCUUUUCAAGAAAUGCUGCAUGCAUUGAAAGAUUCAAAGAUGGAUUGUCAACCCUCAAUGUGCUUCAGAAAAUUAUAGAAAGUCCAUCAGCGUUUGAACCUUAUUUGUGCUUCAGUACUCAAAGUCUCAGCUCUGAGCUCAUUGAAAGCAUCUUCAGAGUUGAAUUUAGUGUGGCGGGUAGCAACAAGAGACGCGAAGAAGGAAGGAUUGCAUCUUACUGGGCAGAUUAUCUGCUAGAUAUUGAAGGUGCCAAACAGUGA